CUUCACCAGUCGCCACUCGCCAGAGAUCUGCCACCGAGCAGGUUUGCCAGCAGCGGGCUGUGGUUUAUAGAGAAUGAACCGUGAUGGGGAACCCGGAUAACGCGCACAGAGCGACCAGAUUCUAGCUAAUGUGUAUUUGUUUUUGCAUCACCAACGUCUUCAACCACCUGUUUAUUUUGAUAUAACUUCAACAACAGCAGGUGAGCCUCGAGGGACACCUGAGGGAUUUAGAGCUACUGGAUUCGAGAUCACUUUGGCGUUCCGGGUUGUCGCAUUUACUUCCAAGGAGGUCUACUUCAUUACUGAUCUGAUCUCCAACGGAGAGGAUCCGUGCGUAAUUUUGAGGAAAUGUCUUUCCAGUGUGGAGGACGGUGUCGUGGCGGUCUGUGAUGUGUGCUGACUGGUAACAGGUGGAGCUCACACACUGCGGAUCGCGUUACGCGGUGGAGUCGGAGCAGCGGGAUGGGAAACCAAGCGGACAAGGUUGCGCAUUUAAGUUACGCAGGAGUUCCCACGGUGGACCCCAACGGCCUGGACCCGGAGGAGGGUCCUCGGAUCGGGGUUUCUUACAUCUUCUCGAGCGACAACGAUGAGCUGGAGGAGCACGUGGUCGAGAAGGACCGGAACCGGGAAGAGAAGCCCUACGACAGACGCGACGAGGUGGAGUGCGCCGUAUACCACCGUGGAGACUGCAUCUACGAGAAGAGCCUCGUGUCCAACGACUUGGAGUCCCACACCCCGGAGGACCUCCUCCGCAGAUGCACAGCGGGGGACCUGGUGGAGUUCGUGGCCGCCGGCCAGCCCCCCCACUGGGCUGUGUAUGUGGGACAUCUCCAAGUGGUGCACUUGCACAGAUGUGAGGUCAAAAGCAGCUUCCUGACGGACGCCAGUCAGGGAAGGAGGUGCAGGGUGGUGAACGAGCUGUACAGGUUCAGGCCCCUCGGUGCAGAACUGGUGGUCCAGGCGGCUAUGGAGCAGGUGGGCCUGAAGGACCGGGAGCUGAGCUGGAGGAGCUCUGAGUGCUUCGCCGCCUGGUGCAGGUUUGGGAAGCGAGAGUUUAAGACGGGUGGGGAGAUAAGGAUCGGAAAACAGCCAUACCGCUUGAAGAUGAUUCUGUCCGAUAAACAUUGGCACAAUCUGGAGUUCCAGAGUCUAGACGAUGUGAUCAUGGAGAAGAGAAGGAACGACCACCUGGGCAAGAGCGCCGUGCUGCAGGAGCUGGCCCAUCACUUCAGCAGUGUUGAGGUGAUCAAAAGCGAGGGGUGAUCAACAGUGUGGGGUGUUCAGAAGUGACAGGGUUAGACAAGUUGAUUUUUUAAUAGAUUUUCUGAUGGAUGGAUUCCCCUGUUAACAACGUAGGAAAGCCUUAACGUAAUUUUUGAUACCCUUCAUUUGAUCCUUAACAAACCAUUUUGUGAUUUAAUUUCAAUUGUCAAUUUUUCAAUAUAACUUGAUGUUAAGAUCUUCUCGUAUGCCUACAACGAUGUGCAGAUGCCUUAAAGCCAGAAUCGUCAAUCCUUUAUGCAUAAUUAACCUACAUGAUACAUUCAUUGGCUACAGUGUAGUCUGAAUGGUAUGACAUUGCCUUACAGGUCUUUUUACAGGUGUCUUACAUGACGACAAGAGAUGUGACAGUUUGAUUGUUUUUCUGUGAUAAUGUUUUCUUUUAAGGCCAAAUCCCUGCUUUGCCCAAACAUGUUAUUGUUCUCUUUUUGCACCAGCAUCCGUCUUGAAUUAGGCUGACAAUGUUAAAUUGACUAAUUGACCAAUGGUCAAGCUGUCUGUCUGUCUGUCUGUCUGUGUGGAAAGGCUAUGCAGUAUUUCCUUUACCAAAUGCUUGCUUAAAUUCCAUGGGAUUGCAGCCUAUCUGAAUGUAAUAACUGUUUCGUGAGCAUUUAAUGAAUAUUGAGCCAUACAUACUGUAUAGCUCUAUAUGUUUAUUCUCAUCAGCCCCAUAUGUAAUAAACUAUUUUUUGGGCAUGAAAAA